AUGAAUGCCAUGCAGGAAGACCUUCUCCCUGAUGACGUCGUCUUCCCCGAAGAGCUGCUGGGGCUUGGGUUCGUCAUCACCAAAGAUGACAAGAUCCGGUGCGCCGCUGCCCCGGACCAGGGCCCUCGUUACAAGAUCAACCGAAGUGACCGCAUCAACAAGGUCCACAUUGAGACCCUUCAUAGUCAGUUAACCCUCAGAUUCGUUUCCAUCGUAGGCUAUGGUCUUGAUGAACCAUCCGGCACUAACGACUUCAUAGAGGCGAUUCGUUCCACCAUCAUUGACCGGCUCCUGGGAAUGGGCAUGCACUUCAUGAAAAUCCCCAAGGGCAGCAACCAGCAUGUUCCCAUCAUGGUGUCAGGCAACAUUACCACUGCACCUCGAGUUGUUGUUUUCUUCGGCGAGAUUAUCGAAGACCUGGGCGUCUUCUCGUACCGUGAUGCUUGCGAUGACGGCAUUCCUUUCGGUUCCAUCGUAGGCUUUGCAAAGGGUCUGCUUGGUGAGAAUGCUCGUGAUUCGCCCAAUGCUCUCGUCCUUGCGAACGUCGGCCAGAACGUCUGGUACAAUGCAGGCUGGUCCCCGAUGACCGCUGAAAGUUAUCAUGGUCAACACCGCUCCUCUGCCGUGGACCGCGAACGUCCACUGACUGCUCGUAACGUGAUCGGCGGCGGCUCCAUCGGUGAGCAUGUCCAGAACAUCUUCGAACAAGUCUUGUUGCGUGGCGGCUUCCGAAUCGGUGCCAGAAUCGACAUCAUUGGCCUGUCUGAGGGCGGCCGUGCUGCCAUGACAUACCUGAGGAACCAAUGGAGUUUCUGGGCGCCCCAUAUCUCCUCCCUCUCCAUGAUCAACCCUGAGACGAUUCUUAACACGGGCAUCAACGCUGAUGACCUGAAGUAUGCGGAGUCAUUCGCCUGGUUCAUGAAAUACCGUUCCCGUGGCUGGAUCAUCUGCGAUAAGCCGAUUGGCACACGUGUGCCCAAUCUUAACCUCCCUUAUGGUUGCAACACAUACUCCUCCGGCGAAGGCACGAAGUCGUCGUGCAUGGUCACUCGCGGUGUAGGACACAUCUUGACCUGGAUGAACAUGAUGCAUUACUCCCCGAUGGCGAUAGAGAAGUUUGAGGUGGCCCCUGGUGAGGCCGAUCCCAACAUGGAAGCUGACCUUGCAUCACUCAUCCACAACGGCAUUAUCCCAAUCCCCGGCGGCAAGAUUGAAGUGCACAGCCUAGAAACCAUGAACCAGAUUAAAGGCUGCCUGUCCGGUGUCACGGUAACCGACGAAAUGGUUACAUUCUUCAAAGAAAAUUUGUAUCCCAUUGAGGAUGAUGACAACGAAAGCGACAAUGGCAGCGAGUGUUCAGUCGUUUGCACAGUUGAGAACGAUGAUGCGUUUGACGUUCUUCGUGACACUCCCCCCGACGUCCUUCCUGCUGAGACUUCUGAGACUUCUGAUACUCCUGACGCUCUUCCUAAAGUCCUCCCCGCCGAGACUCCUGGCACCAAUGACAUACUUCCUGCCAUCCUUCCUGCCGAGCCUGACGCUCCUGGCACUACCGGCGUGCUUCCCACCGCUUCUCCCAACCUUUCUCCCGACGCUUCUCCAAACGGUUCUCCUGGCGCUCUUCGCGUCCCUGACGUUCUUCCUCCUGUCAGUAACGUUUCUGAUCCUCUUCCUGACGUUUAUGCUGACGCUCUUUCGGUUCCGGAAAGUCCAAUUUACUAUGAUGAUGUAAUCGUUGGCAGGACUGGGCCAUAUGAUCUCAGUGACCUGCAAGACAUCCGGGAGGAAGAGGAAGAAGAGUGA